CAAACCCAAUAUUUUCAAUCUUCCCUCAUCGGUCAUGUUUUCUAGACCUUUCAUCGUUUUUGUUGCUCUCUGCCAGCUUUCAUUUAAUGCCUUACAAGAAACUUUUUGAAUAAAUUCUAUUAAUCCAGAGUAGGUUUGUCAGACCAACUGGGGCUCCGUGUCACAGCUUGCUCGCCCAGCCAUCUUCCCUGUGAUUCUCUCUGGAUCUCUGUCAGUGAGCUCCCCUCUGAGUCUCCCCUUUCCGGGACAUGGAGUUACCUUUUCUGUGUUUUCGGGAUCCUUUCAUGAUGAGUGGCUGGCUGUGUGUUCCCAGCAGAGAUGGGGAUAGGUAAACCCCUCCUAAGCACAGUGUCCCCCAUCUUUGAGCUUUUGAGGAGCUGUGUUACAAUGGGCUGUUAAAAUAAAACAUUUUUUUUUCUGAAUGAAUGAAAUUAAUUCACCUGAUCUCGCUUCUUUUCCUUCCCCUGAGCAGGGUUUCCUGUGUUCAUAUCCGAUGUGAUCUCCCAGGUGAAACAAAUGGAAGAGCCAGGGGCCCCAGUUCUCCAGGGCUUAGAGGAAAGAGAGAUUCUGAUGGCCACCUGUUCAGCAGGUGAUGGGAUGCUGAGUGAGAAUAUGCAGCAGAAUCCUCAGAAGGAAGAUGCUCAGCAAGUGGAAUCACAUGGGGGAUUACUGCAAGGAUCCCAAGGGAAUGUGUCCAGGCAUCAUGUGCAGGGAAAAGCCUGUGAGAGUCGGCAUAGGCCAGAGAGACAGCAGGAAAGCCUACCAGGGGAGAAAGUGGGUAAAUCCCCUAAUUGUCGGGAAACUCACAACAAUUUCAAGGAAACCACAGCCCAGCAGAGAAUCCCAAUGGGAGAGAGACCCUAUAAAUGCGCUGAGUGUGGGAAGACCUUCAGUUUGAGUUCAAACCUUAUUAAACAUCAGAGGAUCCAUACAGGAGAGCGCCCCUAUGAAUGCGGAGAGUGCAGGAAAACCUUCACUCACAGCUCACACCUGACUAGACAUCAGAGAAUGCACACCGGAGAAAGACCCUAUGAAUGCUGUGAGUGCGGGAAAACCUUCCGGUACCGCUCAGACCUUAUCACGCAUCAGAGAAUCCACACGGGGGAGAGGCCAUAUGAGUGCUGUGAGUGUGGGAAAAACUUCAGUCAGAGCUCAAACCUUAUUAAACAUCAGAGGAUCCACACCGGAGAGAGACCUUAUGAGUGCUGUGAGUGCAGGAAGACCUUCACGCGGAGAUCAAACCUUAAUGCACAUCAGAGAAUCCACAAAGAUGCAAGACCCUAUGAAUGUUUUAUAUGGGAAAACCUCCACACUGAGCUCACACCUUAUUACACAUGAGAGAAACACCUUAAAAACCUUUUCAAAGCCUGACAAAAAUUGUUGGUUUUUUUGGUUGGUUUUUGCAUUAAUGCUUUUGUUAAUUCCCACCUAAUGAUCUUUAAGGAUAUUGGCAGAAUUAUCUUGACUGUGGUCUCUCACCUCCCCAGGUGAGUUGUCCACUUUUGUGUUUUGCUGCUCGCCCUUCCUUGGGGUGAACACUGUGGUCCUCUCUUAUCAGCUCCUAUGAGUCAUGGGAGAGCGUGUCUGUCCUGCCAGGAAUGUCCAUCAUCCAAGGUGAGGGAGAUAAGGAUGACCUUGAUUAACUACAUUGAAGCACAAUCUAUGUGGGCCUCAUCUCCACUAGGUUUUCCCCUUCCAGUUAGCUAGCUCCUGUUAGCUAUCCCAAUGGAAAAAGACAGCUACUCUUCCAGGAGUGGGUGUGUUUAGCUAGCCUAUUUCCUCAUGAGCUGACCUCAUCUUUUACGGCUUUUCAUAGUCUAAAAAAGCCCAGAGCAUCACAUUUACAUUGUUCCUCCCAUUGCAAAGCAGUUGUGAGAGUCAUCAAGUUCCGCUUUGAGGAUAAAUUGUCUCAUUCCCUUUUGUUCUCACAUUGCCCUAGGAUGUGCUGAAGAGCGGUUAUAUAUAUUUUACUAUUUUUCUCAUUUAAAAUGUAUUUCAAUAUAAUAAAAAGCAGGAGCACAGGUGGGGAAAAAAGUGUCUUUUCUGCCACUGUGACUCCCGAAGAAGAUGGGGAGAGUCAGAGGGAUCCCCUCCUUCCCCAUCACCGCAGCAGCAUUACUCUCUGCACGGCUAAGAUAGAAGGUCUCGUCUUCACAUUCUACCCCUCCACAUCCUAGAGGGUCAUGUGAUGCGGCGGCCUCAGUUUUCUGUGCUUCAGAAUGGUGCUUUGAUUUCUUUGAUCCUAAAUCAGACUCAUUAGGGCUGGAGAUGAAAGUGUCACAGGACUGGAAGGGGAAUUCAGUGGAUCCCAAACACUGUGAUCAUACUGAGUUUCAGUCCCAGUUUUCAUCUAUUGGCAAAGCCACUUUUGGUCUUUUUCCUACUGAGUUGGGAUUGUUCACAGAUGGGAAAGUUGGCUGGUUUUGCGCCCCUACCCCCUGUUUCUGAUGAUGUUAAAGCUUUUGUAAAUAACACAACUCAGUAAUGACACAGUGGUGAAUGAAGGAGGUUUGAAUGACUCCGUGAAUAUGAUGGGAGAAUCAGUGGUCCUGCCUCUGAGUUAUCAGAUGUAACCUGCUGUGGAAUUUCAUGUUAUAUGACCCUGAAUGUGUCUCAUGACCUCUCUGUAAGGUGGGUUUUUACUCUCAUGCCUGGGGUCCUUUUGGUCACACAACUGGAUAUUAGUUUAGUUUGACAAGACAUAGCUCAGAUUUAUUGGGGACUUUGAAAGAAAUGACCAUUUGCUAAAAUAGCCAUUUCUUAGUAUAUUUUUGCUUUCCUCCCACCUCUCCAUUAUGACACAGAGGAAAUUCAAGUGCAGUUCAGUCAACAGGAAAGAAUACUCCGAGCUAUUUGGCAUGCUAACAGAGCAAUAGGAGUGUUUUUAAGUCUCCAGUCUGAAAUGGUGAGCAACAGCAGACCCCAAACUGUGCGACUAACUGAAGUAACUGCCUGCGAUCACUGUGCCAUUCAGUUCUUUAGGUCAAUAUUAUCUCGGAUGAUCCAGGGAGACAAUUUAAUAGUAUGUGACUUUCAACUGGGCAAAAAUGCCCAUGUAUUUUUUUCCCCCCAAAGCAUGUGUGACCCAGGCCCAACAGGAGGUUACUCCUGAAGAUAUCUCCUGUGAUUUGGGAAGUACUGUCCCUAACUAUGCAGAUGUGGAGAAAUAGACGUGGUGUUUUUGUUGAACUCGCCCCUUGUAUGUGCUAUAAAUGUGUAUAAAACGAAUUAAGUGUUGAAUGUGAUGUAGGUGCAGGAAAAACAACUGUUUUCAAAUAGAAAUCCCACCUCUACUAUCUUACAGAUCCAGGUUUGUAUCCAGUCCCUAAUUUAGACCUGUGCCACCAGAUUAAAGAAAGAAAUUGAGCAUGCUGGGGAGAAGCCAUUCCUCACUAACACUCUUGAGAUUUGGGGUGUAAAUUAAUCUUGACCGAAACCAAGGAUUUGGCAAGAGCUCAGGUAGAAAUAGCAGGCAGCCAGUUGUUGGCUUGCACCACAAAGUAAGCAAGCUAUGGUGAACAGUGCACAAGUCAAAUUGUUUUGGAACACCAUUUCCUAGUUCAGGGUCAUUGAUUAGUCCCAAAGGAUGCCAGUGUUAGAUCAUGAACAAUUGUCCUUUUCCAUUUGGAUCCAAUGAUUCAUGAGGUAACAAGAGAAACAGCUGAUGUCUUCAGAGGACAUUCUUUCCUCAAGGAGCCAAAGGAUUCUUUCCUUUUGUGCAAGUGAUGGCUACAGUGAGGGAAUGAAUGUGUCCGAUUCUGAGUUGAGACUUCAGGAUACACAAAUGUCUCAUAAUUUUGUUCUUGUGUCUCAAGCAUUGGUAUCACUUCUCUUCCACCUUUUGCUACUUUGAAAGAUUAGAAAGCGUAGAAAUAGCAUGCAGGUGUUGUUCAUUCGUGAUGCAAAUCUUGCUACAUAGUGCGAGGCUCUUUUCUCCAAAACUUAUGACAGAAGACUCAAAGUUAAAUGAACUUGUAGAUGUGGAAGAACCUAUGUUGGAGUAAACAACAACUUGACACAAAAGUUCACUUGGUGGAAGUGGGAAUUAAAAGAAAACUGAUGUAUAAGAUUUGUAAGCAGCGAAAAUGAAAUUAAACACAAAGAUGGUGGUUAAAGAGUAAGAGACUAAUUAUGUGAUCAUUGGAAAACUGAGAGUUGUGUAUAUAUUUUUUUGUUUUGUUAGUAAUAAAGGAAAUGAUGGAUA